AAGAACGGUCCGAGUCACGGCUAUCAUGCGGUGAUUCCUGACAACGCUCAUCCCAACAAAAUCUUCCUGGUCCCGAUCAGUCCGAGAAGCAGCAUUGUUAUCGCUGGAGGCGCGCAAAUUUCAGCGUCAAGGCUGUUUCUAAAUCCGAGGACAGAUCUCGGAGGAGGCUUCCAAUUCAUUGUUUCAAAAGGCGCGCGUCAACUGCUCGGCGCCAAAAUUUUGAAUCCCAAACCUGCGCCCCUGACGCCUUGCAAAAGCUCAAUCGACCCCGUCUUAGUUAAAUCCCUAAAGUGCCUCCUUCCAUCAAUUCAUUGUAAAUGGGUUUGUCGUGUGACUCCUGCCGGUGGAUGCGGAUUGAGGCGUUUGAUGUGUUUGCAGGAGAUUAUGUCAAUUUCCGUCGUCGCGGAGAUCAGGUUUAACACCUUUGCUUUGAACGAUCCCAACAACCGAUACACAACUUCCACUGCACUUCGCUUAUGUAUCGACGGUCAAAUAUUUGAAAUAAGCAGAAAAACCCGCGGGUGGCUAUGGAAAAGGGCGACGUGGUGUCAGCCUUUGGCGCUUUGGCGCUUUGGCGGCUUUCAAAAACAGGCCGGAGGUUUGCUAUUGAUCCCCGUCGCGCGUGGCUGGUACAACUUGUAUAACACCGCUGCCAAGGACAUUGCGUUGCUUUGCAUCGGAGCACAUAUAAUAGAUCAUUACCUGGCUAGAUACAAAGUACAAAGUCCGUGUAAUAAUCCUCUCUGGCUUAUCGAAAUACCGCCUACAACGACACUGAGUUCUUGUACCACAAGUGGAGGGGUGAUUGGUGCUGUUAUAGCAAUCAGAGGAGCCACAGUCGACAUUGGUAUCGCCAAUGAAGGUCAGAUGCCCGCAAGGUGUCGUUUUGACGAACCGGAGCUGUCUAUGGCACAUAUUUCUAGCGUCACGCUAUUUCAGAACCGUCGCGGACGAUCGGUCGUCGUUGAAGCAAAUAAGCGACUUACCGUGCUGCUGGGCGGGGAAGAAAGACGUUGGCGAACAGUAGUUCUUGGUUCCCCUUCCAAAACUGCUUUAUAA